AUGCUUCUGCCUGGUGCCUGUGGGGUUGUCAGCCAGGUGGCUGCUCCUGGAAAAUCAGAGGCUAAAGGUGGACACAACUGCCCUGAAUCUACUGGACGUUACUCAUUAUCGGUCGACCCAAGAAGACACAACAUCUUAUUGAGGAUUAAAAAUGUCCUGUUUAUGGAUGCAGAAAGGUAUUUCUGUCGUUUUGAGUUGGAUAAGCAAGAAGACGCCUACGAAACCAGUACAGGAACCAUCUUGAACAUCCGAGCUGUGCCUCAAACACUAGACAGCAUCUACAUACGAACACUUCCAUCAGGAGAGCAGUUUGUUACAUGUGAUGUUAAAGGAACACCUCCUCCAACAGUGACAUGGAUCAUUCCAGAGAACAUGAAUGCCUCUUUGGUGUCUGUUCAAAGUGGCUUUGCAGGAGCAUCGUCCUCUAUUCCUGCAAAUCUGCCCAACACCAACUACACCUGCCAGAUACAUGGAAAGAAUGGAACGCAGAAUCGCUCAAUUUACUUCAGCGGAGCUCAGGAGCAACAGCAGCAGAUCCCUGUGAUACUGCUCAUAGCCUUUGUGAUUCUUUCUGGAGUUUUCUUCAUUCUUUUUGUGGUCACUUUGGCAGUUUUGUACAAGAAAGGUAAGGAACACACCCAUCACUUAUCUAUAGUCCUGAAAGACUCAAUGCAGCAGCAGACUAUGGUCAACUGGGUUGUGAGCGGCCAGCCAGCCAAGAGCGAGGCGGCCUGCUGGGGAAAUAAGUGUGUGGCAAGGCUCAGCUACGGAGGCCAGUUGCAGCCGGGCGAAAGAGGGACAGUGUGCAACUAUGCACCACGCCACAACAGCAGGGCUGCCUGA